UAAAAAGAGAGCGAAAUGGUAAAUGUAUACAUAGCCCACUACCCAAUUCACUUCAAGAACAGGAACUGAAGCGCGGCUACACUUCUGUGCCUGGUAAUUACAGUGCUCUUGGCUCUGCUGCCACUUAUACUAGCCAUAGCGACUAAUAAUUUUAUCAUAAGAGAGAAAGUGGCUUAUGAACAACCAGAUGUUAAAUUUACCAAUGAGUUUAUUGCGGAAGCCCUAAUUGGAACAACAGUUAAGCAAUAUUCAACAGUCGAAAAUAUCAAUAAGGAGUAUUCUAGCUUGAUUCAAAAUCCUCAGUUGACAGUGACACCUUUUGAUCGGAAUGAUGACCUUAAAGCAGAGACUCUAACUUUGGAAUUUGAGUUUUUCCAUUUAUCUACCGAGCAGGUCAAAGGUCUAAACUUGCUAUUCUACCUCCAAUAUACCCUUGGAGGAGAGAUUAAUACCCAAUUCAAAACUCUGGUCUACAAGUCAUUGACUGCUCCUCUUGAUGGAGGUAUUCAAUAUGCUCAAAUGAGAGGUGAUUUAGACCUCAAACAAAAGAAUCCUGUUGCUGAAGGAACUAUUAAAAGAGAACUUUACAACACUACUCUCGAAGAUGACUUCAAUGAUUACGGAAUUAGAGGAAUUCUCGAUCUCUAUGUUAGCAGAAACCAGACUACUGAAUAUACUGCUGAGCCAAUCAUCACCUCAAUGCCAGCUAAUGCUAAAACAACUUCUACAAAAGUAAAGAUGAUUAUAGAUGUGCCUCUUAUUCAGCCAGUUUGGCACUAUACAUCAGUGAUACAAGUACUUAAAUUAGCAUGGAUUGAGUUCUUCGCCUUGUUCAUCCCGAUCUACUUCAUUCUGUACGUCUGGCUGUAUGGCUUCUUCGUAAAAUCUAAUGUUGCUUAA